ACCUCGGGUAAAUUAAUGAGGGAUUUCUAGCUUAUGCAAGAAGCUAUACCGUACUUAUUAUGAGUUAUAUGAUAAACGGAUUUUAAUUUAGUUGUGAAAUAGGGUAUUGACUGGAAUAAUUCUAAAAAGGGUUGUAUGUCUACAGUUUAAGCUUGUCCAGUUCUCCAUUCCAGAAAGACAUGGAAGAAGGUAAUCUGUUUCUAGUGAGGUGGAAGGAUGAAUGAAGUGACAUCUGUUCCGUCCUUUGAUGGCCACAACCAAGAAUUACGUCAUCGCAAGUUGUUUUUUAAUAUUCACAUGGAACAAAAUGAACUCUUUCCUUCACCACCAGACACUGAAGCACAGAAGAGUAAAGAAUCAAGGGAUUUAACAGCUGAGGCUCAGGAUAAGUACAGUAAGCUUGUGAGUGAGGGAGAUGGUUUGAGUCUGGAGUUAUUUGACCUUGCAGAAUUUGAAGGAGAAAAAGAUAAUGAACCAUUGUUGCACAAAGAAUACAGAGUCCAAGAAGUACCAACAUAUAAACCUUCUGUGCAUGUAUAUACAGACGAACCUGAGUCACUAUGGGCAAUAUCUGUUCAAGUCUUUAUACCUUUCUUAAUUGCUGGGUUAGGGACAGUUGGAGCUGGACUUGUGUUGGAUGCUGUACAACAUUGGAAAGUCUUUGUGGUGGUGUCUGAGGUAUUUAUUCUUGUUCCUGCACUACUUGGGCUGAAAGGAAAUUUAGAAAUGACAUUAGCAUCCAGAUUAUCAACUCAGGCCAAUCUUGGAAACCUUGAUUCCCUUUCUCAACAAUGGAAGAUUACAUAUGGAAACAUGGCUCUUCUUCAGUGUCAAGCCAGUGUGGUGGGCUUCCUAGCAUCCUUGUUUGCUAUGAUAAUGGGAUGGAUCCCAGAAGGGAAGUUUGAUAUUCAUCACGGUCUUCUGUUGUGUGCUAGUAGCCUUCUGACUGCCAGCAUUGCUAGUCUUGCUUUAGGUUUACUAAUGGUUGCUGUAGUCAUUUUAUCUGUCAAAUGUCACAUAAAUCCUGACAACAUAGCCACUCCAAUAGCUGCAUCAUUGGGAGAUCUUACAACAUUGGCUCUGUUGGCUUGGAUUAGUAAUUUUUUUUUCAGUAACCUAGGUACUAAUGUGUGGGUAGCACCCUUGGUGGUUGCAUUUGCCCUUCUAUUACUUCCACUCUGGAGCUUUAUAGCACACAAUAAUGAAUUCACACAUGAUGUCCUUUACUCGGGUUGGAUUCCAGUGAUUUCUGCUAUGACAAUAUCCAGCAUUGGAGGUUGUAUAUUAGAUUUUGCUGUCACAAGGUUCCAUGGUAUUGCUGUUUUCCAGCCUGUUAUUAAUGGUGUUGGUGGAAAUCUGGUUGCGGUUCAAGCUAGUCGUAUUUCCACUUUUCUCCACCAAAGAUCAAAGUUAGGCACCCUUCCAUCGAGUGAUUCACAUUUCUGUAUUGAUCCCUGUUCUGCCUUCUGCAGCAGUAAUCCUCAUGCUAGGACAGCUCGUGUCCUGAUGUUGAUGGUCAUUCCAGGGCAUCUCAUCUUCACAUACGGGAUCCAUUUUGUACAAGCUGGUCACACCUCAAUUACUCUGAUUUUCCUUGUAACGUACUUGACUGCUGCUGUUAUACAGGUACUAAUACUGUUGUACAUAGCAUUUUGUAUGAUACACUGGAUGUGGAAAAAAAGCAUUGAUCCAGAUAAUUCAGCAAUACCAUAUCUGACAGCCUUAGGUGACUUCCUGGGAACAGCACUUUUGUCCUUAUCUUUCUUGUUUUUGUACAGUGUUGGUGACAAAGAUGCUGAUGUGGGCGAAUGAAUGAUGAAUGAGACGUGAAAUGACAUGUUCAAGACAGAGACAUUGAUGUGAACGUGUUUUAAAAAAAUACACUCCAUGUGAGUGAAUAGCACAAAGCAUUGAAAUGUCUGUUGUGUUUUGUCUAGUUUUACUAUUAGGAUGGUGAUACAAAUAUCUAAAAAAAUGUUUUAUUUAUAUGGUGCUUUCAGGGAGCAGACUUUAAAAGGAAUAGAAAUUACAAAGUUGUGCUAGAUUUAUUUUAAUCUUUAAUAUAUUUUAAUCCUAGUUUAUAUAAUUCGUUUUAUUAUUUUGGGUUGUUUUUUACCUAUUAGGUUUAAAAUGUAUGAUAUAGACUGAGAAUGUGAAGUGAUAAUUUUACUUUUUAGUUUAUUUUUGGGUUAAAAAGUUUAGUGCGAUAGACUACUUCUUACAGCUUAAUGACUGUAGUACUUUUCUUAUAAAACGUUUUUUUAUCAAACUAGAAAAGCUAGAACACUUGGAUACAUAAUUUCAUAUGCUCUGAUUGUUGAUAACUAUUUUUUAGGAAGAUCCUGGAAUCAGGUGUUAUUUUUCUAAAUGUUAAGUUCAAACAAUAAAUCUUCAUAGAAAAUGUAUGGUAGGAUAUGAAGCAAAAGUUGAAUUAAAUGGCACAAGUAUUUUGAAAAUAAUGCAUGCAAACUUUUCAUGUUCAACUGAUUUUCACAUUGUUGUGUAAAGCUCGUGAUAUUGGUUAAGAGUUAUUUAGUGUACACGGGAAUUCUUGAAAUUUAAAAUGGUUUUCUUACAGUAAGCUUUUUGGCUCUGUUUCAAACGUCAGGUUUAUGUGGUGACAGUUGCUAUAACAUAGCCAAACAAUUUUGAAUAAAAAGGUUUAUGAAUGUGGACAAUUUCUUUUCAAACUUUUACUUAAAUUUUGGUGAUAAUUUUUCUUGGAGAGGUUGUUGUGGAGACAGUUAGACUGACUUUUUGAGAAAAAUAAUUAAAUGUUUCUUCAAAGAAGUGUUAAUGAUUUUAGAAAGAUUAUUGGGAAAAUUACAUGUUUAAAACAUAAUGGUGAUAUGAAAAAAAUAAUGGCUUCAUAAACCAGCAUUAAAAAAAUUUUAAAUGAAUACAAAAAUA